AUGAGCCAGACCACGAGUGCUAUUUUGUCCUCGGUGCCGGCCUGGUACUUUGACAGCGAAGGAAGAUAUAUCGUCUUUCGAGAAGACGGAACAGGCGAGCUAUGGUGUGCUUGCAACUUUAACUAUUGGAUUGCUGCCGAUAUUGAAUGGAAAAGUGCCGAGAUUUCCGUUGCGGCUGAGGCGCAGGCAGUCGGGCCGUCCGCCACUGCAUCUGCAGCUGACGCUGAGAUCACAAGCCAGCUGCAGAUUCAGAUGACCCUUACAAAACGGCUUCCGCAAAAGGCCCAAUCGUCCAUUCUGACACAGAGUACCCUGGUGAACGAGUACAGUCUGACGGACGAGGCGUACAAGACCAAGUCGUACACUGUUCGCGUCGAAAAGGGUCGCUUCAUGGAGCCGUGCCGUGUUGGGUACGCGGACGAGUCGGCAAAGAAAUUCAAUCUGCGAUUGGUAUUUGAUCCCUCGCCAUAUCCUCCAAAAUCUGAGUGGAAGUCGCUAGAGAGGGGUGUGGAAGAUGGUCACUUCUGGAAUCAUACGCAGUUUGUUGCCAGCUCAACUUAA